GGGAGCACCGGGCCCGGUUUGAGGCGCGACUCGCCGGCGGGAGUAACCGGAGCCCCGGCCAGGAAGGGGUGCGAUUCCCCACUGGCCCCACCUUCCCGGCUACGGCCAGGCCAAUCAGAACGGCUUUUACUGGCUUGUGGGCCGAGCCGGCCCAGCUGCUCGGAGGCUCUGGCAUGUCGGUUCCCGAUUCUGGUCCCCGGCCCCCAGCAGCGCCUGCCCCCUUCCCACCGGGGCCCCCCAUGAUGCCACCACCCUUCAUGCCCCCUCCAGGGAUCCCCCCACCCUUUCCUCCGAUGGGGCUACCCCCCAUGAGUCAGAGGCCACCAGCCAUUCCCCCCAUGCCACCUGGCAUCAUGCCCCCAAUGCUUCCACCAAUGGGGGCACCACCACCACUUACACAGAUACCAGGAAUGGUACCUCCCAUGAUGCCAGGAAUGCUGAUGCCAGCGGUGCCCGUCACCGCAGCGACGGCUCCGGGUGCAGACACCGCCAGCUCUGCUGUGUCUGGGACAGGCCCUCUGAGGGCCCUGUGGAGUGAGCAUGUGGCCCCUGAUGGGCGCGUCUACUAUUACAAUGCUGAUGACAAGCAGUCCGUGUGGGAGAAACCCAGCGUGCUCAAGUCCAAGGCAGAGCUGCUGCUGUCCCAGUGUCCUUGGAAAGAGUACAAGUCAGACACAGGCAAACCUUACUACUAUAACAACCAGAGUAAGGAGUCCCGCUGGACCCGGCCCAAGGACUUGGAUGAGCUAGAGGCUCUAGUCAAACAAGAGUCUAUAGGGAAACAGCAGCAGCAGCAGCAACCACAAACAUUGCAGCCACAGCCUCCUCAGCCACAGCCUGACCCCCCACCUGUUCCUCCUGGCCCCACCCCAGUGACCAUGGGCCUCCUGGAGCCUGAGCCAGGUGGGAGUGAAGAUUGUGAUGUAUCUGAGGCUUCUCAGCCCCUGGAUCAGCUGGAGGAGAGCCCCAGAAGUUCUGCUGGACAGCAUCAGCCACCACAGCAGGAGGAGGAGGAAUCGAAGCCAGAGCUAGAGAGGUCUGGCCUCAGUUGGAGCAACCGGGAGAAGGCAAAGCAGGCAUUCAAGGAGCUGCUGAGGGACAAGGCUGUCCCCUCCAACGCCUCGUGGGAGCAGGCCAUGAAGAUGGUGGUCACCGACCCCCGUUACAGUGCCUUGCCCAAACUGAGUGAGAAAAAGCAGGCAUUCAAUGCCUACAAGGCUCAGCGGGAGAAGGAAGAGAAGGAGGAGGCCCGGCUAAGGGCCAAGGAGGCCAAGCAGACCCUACAGCAUUUCCUGGAGCAGCAUGAGCGCAUGACCUCCACUACCCGAUACCGGCGGGCAGAACAGACCUUUGGGGAGCUGGAGGUCUGGGCUGUGGUCCCUGAGAGGGAUCGAAAAGAGGUUUAUGAUGAUGUCCUCUUCUUCCUGGCCAAGAAGGAGAAGGAACAGGCCAAGCAGCUGCGGCGUCGCAACAUCCAGGCCCUGAAGAGCAUCCUGGAUGGGAUGAGUAGCGUCAACUUCCAAACCACAUGGUCUCAGGCCCAGCAGUACCUCAUGGAUAACCCCAGCUUUGCCCAGGACCAUCAGCUGCAGAACAUGGACAAGGAAGAUGCACUGAUCUGCUUUGAGGAGCACAUCCGAGCUUUAGAGAGGGAGGAGGAGGAAGAGCGGGAGCGGGCCCGGCUUCGGGAGCGGCGCCAGCAGCGCAAGAACCGGGAGGCCUUCCAGACCUUCCUGGACGAGCUGCAUGAGACAGGGCAGCUACACUCUAUGUCCACCUGGAUGGAGCUGUACCCAGCGGUCAGCACUGAUGUCCGCUUUGCCAACAUGCUGGGCCAGCCGGGCUCCACCCCUCUGGACUUGUUCAAAUUCUAUGUGGAGGAGUUGAAGGCACGCUUCCAUGAUGAGAAGAAGAUCAUUAAAGACAUUCUUAAGGACCGGGGCUUCUGCGUGGAGGUGAACACAGCCUUUGAGGACUUCGCCCACGUCAUAAGCUUUGACAAGAGGGCUGCUGCGCUGGACGCAGGCAACAUCAAGCUGACCUUUAAUAGUCUGCUAGAGAAAGCAGAAGCCAGGGAGAGGGAGCGGGAGAAGGAGGAGGCACGAAGGAUGCGGCGCAGGGAAGCUGCCUUUCGAAGCAUGCUGAGGCAGGCCGUGCCUGCCCUGGAGCUAGGCACUGCCUGGGAAGAGGUCCGUGAGCGCUUUGUGUGUGACCCAGCCUUUGAGCAGAUCACCCUGGAGUCGGAGCGGAUCCGGCUCUUCCGGGAAUUCCUGCAGGUGCUGGAGAAUGAAUGCCAGCACCUCCACACCAAAGGUCGGAAACACGGCAAAAAGGGCAAGAAACACCAUCGCAAGCGCUCCCGCUCCCCCUCAGGCUCCGAGUCAGAAGAGGAGGAGCUGCUGCCCCCCCCAUCUCUCCGGCCCCCCAAGCGGAGACGGCGGAACCCCUCUGAGUCAGGCUCUGAGCCCUCUUCCUCACUUGAUUCGGUUGAGAGCGGGGCUGCUGCUGUUGGGGGACAGGGCUCCCCAUCCUCCCGCCUCCUUGGAUCAGAUCAUGGCCUUCGGAAAGUCAAGAAACCAAAAAAGAAAAAUAAGAAGAGAAGACACAAGUCGAAUAGUCCUGAGAGCGAGACAGAUCCUGAGGAGAAGGCUGGCAAGGAGAGCGAUGAGAAGGAACAGGAACAGGAUAAGGACAGGGAGCUCCGGCGGGCAGAGCUCCCUAACCGCUCCCCAGGCUUUGGAAUCAAGAAGGAGAAGACGGGCUGGGACACAUCGGAAAGUGAGCUGAGUGAGGGUGAGCUAGAGAGGCGGCGGCGGACGCUCCUGCAGCAGCUGGAUGACCACCAGUGACCUGCGGGCUGUUCUCUGCUCCUAGGUCAUCCAUACCACCUGCCUCAGACUCCUCCUCAGCCGGGUCUGUGUCCACUUUUCUUAAAGUAACCCCACCCCAACCCACCAUUGUUGGCACCUCUCAAGGUUGCUCUUGGUGUUCAAGGACCCCUCCUUCCCGGACAACUAGUGCAGUCCUUGCCCUUAGCCCCAGACCAGAGCUUGGUGGUAUAUGCCCUGUGGGAUGGGUGAUGCCAGUGGAUAAAAUGUGAGAAAGGGUCUCCAUGGAAGAGUGACAGGCUGGUGGACACAGCCUAGGUGGCAGAGGGCAGGGUCCUUAUCCUCCAGCAUCAGUGCCUGCUCCUGCCCGCCCCAGCCCAGGGCUCCACCACUCCUUCCUCCAGCCCCAGAACCCAAUGUGCGUGUGGUUUUGGUUGUUUUUUUUUUUUUUUAAAUAAUAUUUAUAACAUGGCCA